AUAAGAUCAAAAGAUCAACCAAUUUAAUCAUCUCUGAAAUUAAAUUAAAUGUCUAGAUGCCUCAGUUUCACAGCAUCAACAGAUUGGGUUUACCGUUCAUUUUUCGCCUAUGCCGGACUCAAAUCUGUCUCAACAGAUUUUGGAGAAGGAACCCUGAUGCAUUGUUGGGUACCCAAAAUAUACAAACCCUCCAAACCCAAUCUUCUGCUCGUUCAUGGCUUUGGAGCCAAUGCAAUGUGGCAAUACGGAGAUCUUCUUCGGCAAUUCAUUCCAAGGUUCAACAUAUACGUCCCCGAUCUCCUCUUUUUUGGAAAUUCAUGGACAAGGAGACCUGAAAGAACAGAGGCAUUCCAGGCACAAUGCCUUAAAUUGUUGAUGGAUGUCCAUGGUGUAGAGAAGACUAAUUUGGUCGGAAUUAGCUACGGUGGAUUCGUAGGUUAUAGCUUGGCGGUACAAUUCCCGAAUGCGAUAGACAAAUUGGUGUUGUGUUGUACAGGUGUUUGUUUAGAGGAGAAGGACAUGGAUGAGGGUCUGUUUAAGGUUUCCAAUAUUGAAGAGGCCGCAAAUAUUUUGGUGCCGCAGACGCCAGAGAAGUUGAAAGAGUUGAUGUGUUUUGCAUUUGUAAGGGCUCCUAAAGCAAUUCCCUCAUGCUUUCUUUCGGAUUUCAUUAAUAUUAUGUGCACGGAUUAUGUUGAACAGAAAAAAGAGAUAAUCAAAAGCGUACUCAAAGAUAGGCAACUCUCCAAAAUUCCUAAGGUCACCCAACCAACAUUGAUAAUAUGGGGAGAACAUGACCAAAUUUUCCCAGUGGAAUUGGGUCAUAGAUUGAAGCAACACAUUGGAGAGAAUGCAAGGAUAGAAGUAAUACAGCAGGCAGGGCAUGCGGUGAACUUGGAGAAGCCCAAGGAAUUUGCCAAACACCUCAAAUCAUUUCUUAUUGAUUCUUCAUCCCCAGCUGGUCCCAGGCAUCGCCGCUUUUGGAGUUUUUAAUCAUACGUAAGACAGUUUUAACCUUCAAAUUAGUACUUUACUCAGAUUUUGACAUUUUUAGACUUUCUGAAUAUGACUUCAAAAUUCUGCCAGUUUUAUCUUUUGACAAAGGAAUUUAGAUCGGUGUUCAACUUUUUAGCUUUACGUAGAGAUUGUGAUAGGUCAUUGGUCAUGGAUUUUUUGAGGAUUUCAUGAUAAUUGCCUUGUGUUGUCAGACAAUUAUUUUAGGACAGAAGUAGUAUGCUAGUGAUAUCAGCUCGUGAUUUUUCCUCCAGUU